CAAGAGGGUAAACUUGCUCAGGCUGCAGCUCGCUCAGUGUACUUUGGAGAUAACUUCGCCUCUCUAAAACCGUCACCAUGGUCGACUCCUUCUGUGCCACCUGGAAACUGGUUGACAGCGAGAAUUUUGAUGAGUACAUGAAAGCACUUGGCGUGGGCUUUGCCACCAGGCAGGUUGGAAAUGUGACCAAGCCGACUGUAAUCAUCAGCCAGGAGGGAGACAAGGUUGUGAUCCGCACCCAGAGCACCUUCAAAAACACAGAGAUCUCCUUCAAGCUGGGAGAGGAGUUCGACGAAACCACCGCUGAUGACAGGAACUGCAAAUCCACAGUGACUAUGGACGGAGACAAGCUGGUCCACGUCCAGAAGUGGGACGGCAAAGAGACCAAGUUUGUCAGAGAAAUCAAGGAUGGCAAACUGGUCAUGAAUCUGACCUUUGAAGACAUCCAUGCGGUGCGUACCUACGAGAAGGCAUGAGUGCUCCGACCGACAGCGUCCCAAACCGGCCAAGAAGUGUUGAUUUUAUAAUUAUUGUUGACUGUAUGCUUCUCUUUGCACUUCGUCCUCCUCCACAUAUACAAGGCCUACAAGCUGCACAUGUUUUGUAAGAUUUUUUUUUUAUAUGAAUACAUUUCUGUCAUAAUGGAUGGAUCAUCUUUGCAACCCUGUGUGAAAUAUGAAAUAAAAACACACAGAAUGAA